GCUUCCAUUUUGCGACAGGGGGCGUGCCUAACCUGUUGUGCUUGGAGCCAUGGGCCAGUAAGCCCCGCCCCGUCGGCCAAAGGUGGGCGUGGCGUGGCUGUGGGGAGACUGCUUUCCGGCGCCAUUUUGGAAAGCGUCUGUUUGUGGGCUGCACCCGAAGAGGAGGGAAGCUUCGCUCUCUCCUCCUCUUUUGAAGUUGCUUCAGGCCGGGCACCGGCUUCUUUGUGGAAGAGCGAAGCGAUGGAACAAGAAGCUGAAGCCCGAAUGGAUCAAACUGAGUCUGUUCCAGAAAAUAUAGAAGUCAUGGAAACUAAGCAAAAGGGACCAAAAGAUCGAGGAAAAGGCCGAGGUGCUAGAGGAUAUUCCAGAGGGAAAAUGCGAGGCAGAACACUGAAUGGCUUUGGACCUAUAAGACGUGGAAUAGGAAGAAUGCGCCCAUAUCCAGAUUCAAGAGGUCGAAGAGGAACACGAGGGGGUCUACUUUUCCCACCAUCCCCACCCAUAAGAGGAAUGAUGAGAAUGCCUUUUUUGCCACCACCUCCUCCUCCCCGUCCCCCUCCCCCUCCACGGUACGGAUUUCCUCUUCCCCCUCUUCUUCCGCCGCCACCACCAGGUUUAAUGGGCUUCAGGGGCAGACCACUUCCCCCCAGAGCCAGAGGGAUGUUGCCAUGGCCGCCAGCCCAUUUUCCACCUCCAGGAGGCUUUCCAAAUGGACCCCGUGCGCCAGGCCCUCCGCCACCUGGACGGGGCCAGAGAUGGCCUGGGAUGCCAGGUGGCAGACACUAUUAAAGAGGCUUAUUCUUUAAUUCAGUGACAGGGUUGCUUGCUUCUUACCUUGAGACCGUUUGCAAAGGCCGGACUCAGAACUGCCUCUAAAACAUUCAGGAGGGCAAAGAAAACUAAUAGAACUCUGGCAUCCAUCAUUUUUCCAGCAGCCCUGAUGCACCAAGUUGGUAAAAGCCAUAUAUUUAAAAACAUAUUGAAAAGAUCUGUGACUCCUUAGAUAUUCCAAGCAUAUCCUUUCAAAAGUCUAGAGUUUAAAGAGACUAAUACAUGCACACUAAAAUUUGAAGGAAACAUACUUUAAAAUGGGUCAAGCCUUUAAUUUUAUUUUGUAUAUAUAUACAUAUAUAUGAGUGUGCACAGCUUUUUUAGUCUAGAUCUCAGUCCGUUUCAGUAAUGUGUGUUUGUAUCUUCUAGAUCUUGUGAACUGUUAUUUCAAAUGCACUUACGUUUGGUUACAGUAAAUGCAUCAAUAUGCUUCAUAUUGUGAGGGAUAACUAACUUUUAACCGCUAAGAGAUGUUGCUAUAUUAAGCGGUGUAUUAAUACUAAGUAACACAUUAUUAUAUGUGAUGCCUUGAAAUGUAGCCAGUACAUAAAAUGUAUUGGAGAAAACAAGCUCUGAAUGUUGAGAAGAAAAUAGAUAUUUUAUAAAUGAAUUAAAGUUUAUGGGCUUUGUUUUAAUUUAGUUUUAAACACAGCUUGACCUUGCUAUUUAAAUUUUUAGUUGUAUACAAUAAUGUAUUAGAUAUAUAGAGUAUAUAGUUGAACAUUUGACCAAUUGUAUAAUUACAGCUGGCAAAGUUAUUUCCAAGUAAAGUAAAAAGAGUAUGUUAAUAUCAACAGUAUACAUACUAUUUUAAAUUAAAGAUUCCUGUAUAUUCUGUAGUCACUUUCAAUUUUAUUUUCUUAUUGUGCACUGGAAAAAUUACUAAAAGUGGAGUGUGUAACUCUUAUGUUGCUUGUUGAAAUGACAGAUGAAACAUCGUUGUUUAAUGGCAAGGAUGAUCACAGUCUGUAAAUUACUUUAAUUUUUAACCCAUUCUGCAUUCUUUUGUGCUGAGGGCUGAAUUAAAAACUUUUUUACCAGU